GCAGCAGCAGCUAUUUGCAUUUUGGGUGCUGAUGCCUCUCCUCCACAUUCAGCCUUUUCCUGGCCCCUGGCAAGACACAGGUGGCUGCCGUCAGCUUUUUUUUUUCCCUGUCACCUAGCGUGGCUGUGGACGUGAGCACAUGAACCACCCAGCUGCAGAGAUGUCCUGGAGCAGGUCAAGACCUGCUCCCUGGCCACGGGUCCUGCCCACGGUGCCAACAAACCCCAAAUCAAGCUGUCAGGCCUGUUUGAAGGGUCUGUCACCAAGGAUCCUAAACUGGAGGCGGGGGGGUGGGAUCCUGCUGUGCUGUGCCAUGCCAAUGGGGCCAGGACUGGUUAUAAAGCACCCUUGGCAUCACCCCCCUGCAGUGAGCAAGGGACAGCACGGCUGCGCAGAGCCACCAAAGGGAAACGGGGAUGGGGACGACUGUGCCAAGAUGGGCCCAAGGCCCUGCCCCGCUCCGGGGAGGGUGCGGGAGCAGGCAGCAUUUUGGCUGUUGCCAGACGGGGUGGGCUUUGCUGGUGUCCCAUGCUUUGCAGCAGGUUUUCAUGCCCACCAGGCUCCUUGAGUCCCUGAGCACGACAUGAGCUCUGCAGAUGGGUCCCCCCGGGGGCUGCCCCAUGCCCAGGGAGCUCACCCCCCCGUCAUCUCUCUCUUUUCCCCCGACAGUCACCUCUGAGCAGAUCGAGCACCUGCACCGGCGAUUCAAGCAGCUGAGCCGGGACCAGCUGACAAUCCGCAAGGAAAAUUUUGACAGCAUCCCUGAUCUGGAGUUCAACCCAAUUAGGGGGAAAAUCGUCCACGCCUUUUUUGACAAGCGGUAAGAACAUCCCCGGCACUGCGGGGGCGGGGGUCGGGGUAAUGAGUUUACCCUCUGGAUGCGAGACGGCCGGGGCUGCCCUGACCCUGCCAUGCUCCUCUCGUCCCUCCCAGUCCUCUUCCACAUGUACGACUCAGACCAUGAUGGGAAGAUCACGCUGCAGGAGUACAGAAAUGUGGUGGAGGAGCUGCUGUCGGGGAACCCCCACCUGGAGAAAGAGUCAGCACGGUCCAUCGCCGAUGGGGCCAUGAUGGAGGCAGCCAGCAUCUGUGUGGGACAAAUGGGGCCGGACCAGGUGUAUGAGGGCAUCACCUUCGAAGACUUCCUUAAGAUGUGGCAGGGGAUCGACAUUGAAACCAAGAUGCACGUCCGUUUCCUCAACAUGGAGACCAUUGCACACUGCUACUGACCUCCUGCGAGCCGGAGGACGAGGAAGAGGAGGAGGAAGAGGACUCUGCAGCAGCUCCAUGUUCCUGGCACCAAGCGCUUUGUACUCGCUCGCGUGCCUGUCCCGUAGUGGGGCUGCCUUCUGCUCUCUAGAAACAUGAGGCUUUUAUCUGUAAUAAAAGCCUCUGACAGGUGCUGCCCUGGGGAAGGAGCUGCCCCCGUUGUGCUGCGAGCCCCUCGUAUGCAGGCAGGGAUGGGGAUGCUGAGGGGCAGGAGGUGAAGGCAGCGUCCUCAGCACCUGGAAGGGCAACCACAUCCCUCCCUGCAUCCCAGGAGAUGCUCAAGGCAGUGAAGGUGGCAGCAGCACAAGAAAUAACACCAAAUCAAACCCAAACCAGCCACCUUGGCUGUGUCUGUCGGCCAGAGGGGCAGCAUGGGACCAUGCUGAGGCUGGCAGCAGGGAUGCAGGGACAUGGGGAUGUGGGCUCCUGGCAGCCGGGUGGCUCCCACCCCCACAUGUUCCCAGUAGAACAAGGCACCGGAGAUAAGGGUUUGUUUACUGGUAUUAAUAACUGGAUGGCUCGAGGCGGAUUUCUGUCUCUAAGGCAGCCUGAGCUGGGAAGGGAGGGGGAGUAAAAAGGGCAAUGGCUAUUUUUAGAAAAGCUGGAAAGAUUUGUUUGUUUUAUCAAAAAUAGCUUCCCCCAGUGACAUGUAGGCUCAAUGGUAAGAGCCCCCACCGCAGCAAGCAGCACAAGUGCAGGCUGCGGGGAGCGACGGAUGCCACAGCCCUGGCGCCAGCUCCCUCCAUCCCCCAAGUGCCCGCCGUCGCCCCAGCUCAGGGCACGGAAGAUUUCUCCUUCUGCUCUGCGCUAGUGGGGGGGUUCCACACUGCCCAGGCAUCCCCGUGCUGAGGGCACAGGUAAGGGCUCCCCCUUGCAGCCUUGCCCCUCCAAAACACCCCGUCUUGCCCAUCGCUGUGGGGUGUGCAGCCAAGAGGAGGCCCCUACUCUCUGUUGGCGGCUGCUGGACCACGGCCCCUGCGCCGGAGCAGCUCCUCAGCGCCAGCAGCCAGGGAGCAGCCGUGCUAACCCAGCAGAGGACAGCCCUUCCCUGCAAUGCAGUCCUGUCCUGGAGAGACCUGCGCUGCUCAGCGGUUCUGAGGAUGUGCUGGGGCCGACCCGGCUUUGCAGGCAGCCGCAGGGAUGGAGCUGAUCCCACCUCACAGCUCCACGCUGGCGGGUGCCACCACUCGGAGGCUGGACGUGCCGUGAAGCUGGGGGCCAGCACUGCCACCACCCACAGCGUGGGCUGGGCUGUUGUGGUGCUGGCACGCGGUGCUCAACCUGGGCUGGGUGGCAAGAGCCGGGGUUGGUGCCAGUGCUGUGGGCAGGGCUGAGCGCCGGGGCUGGGCAGGGGAUGGUGGCGAUGGAGCUCCUAGGUCUUCCCGUACAGCCCUUCAGACCCUGAGGGGCUCCUGGUGCUGCCCCAUGGCAGCCACAGCCUUGUCUGCAUUCGCAGGGCUCUGGCUGUCUUCAGUCCUGUUCUCCUCUUGCUCCUCUGGACACCUCCACCAUCCGGGCUCGUCGCCGUCUGUGUUGCAUUGGCGCCAUCCUGACCUCCCGGCUGAGACUGAACCUCCUCCUCCUCCUGAACCUCCUCCUUCUCCUCUUCAUCCCUGUGCCACCCUGUGCGCCCUUCCCUCCCCACAUAUGCAAGAGCGCAACAUCCAACUUCUCCCCAAACCCCGGGUUUCAGGAGCAGCCGCAGGCUCCUUCCCUCCUCUUCUCACAGGAAUUGCCAUACAGAUGCUGCAGACCCGUCCCGCUCCACGCUGCCGGCCUCACCCUGCUCCCAGCAGUAGUCGUGGGUGCCUAAAAGGCCCUUUCCCACCCGAGAAUCACCCAAUGGGGCCGCCCCUCCCCAGCCAAGCCCUUGCCCCUGCUGCAGGGGGUUGGCAUAAGAUCAUGGCCCCGCUCCCCCUCCAUCCUGUGGUUUUCUUGGAGGAGACAUCAGUGCUUCUCGGAGCCCACAAGGGCUGGAUGCGCCACACAGUGCAGGGAAAUAGAGGGCAGGAGGCCUGACGAGUAUCGAUAAGAGGAUAAUUAUUAUUCCUUGAGCUAAUUAGCUGUCCUCCAGCUAUUUUGUUAGGCAACGAGGAAAGCAUGGGCUCGGGGGCUGCGGGGAAGCAGGGGACCCAAAGCAAACCGGCUUUUGCUUGUGCUUGUCUUGUCUGCGGGGAACGGGAUGAAGGUGGGAGCGGGAGGGAGGGCUGCACGGGGCAGACGAAAGGGAGUGUGGAACGUGAGAGAGCGGGGAAGAAAAGCCCGACCCUCACCCCAGCAAACGGUUCCUCCGGGUGGGCAGGAGCGUUGCUCCCAGGGCCAGCAGAAAGCCAGGGCUGUGUAAUGCAAUGUUGAUGAUAGGCACAGCAAAACCCAGCGAGGGGGAAGAUAAUAAUUCCGUAAAGGGCAGGAAAAACUGGCAGCGCACCGGGAAAUUCGGCAAGGGCACCAUUUCUGUUGCAGACCACGGCAAAAUCCUGCAAAGCCCAGAGCAUUCGGUAAAGGAUAAUAGUUCAGUUACGGGGCACAGCAAGAGCUGCCAAGCUGCUGCGACCCGUGAUGUGGCACGCAGCUCCGUUGCAGAUCCCAGCGGUGUCAGCAGAGGGUAAUUGGAAAAUUGAAGCAGCUUUGCCGCAUGUCAGAAAACUCAGGGAAGGCUGUUGAAGGCUGAGGAGCUUAGUGGAGAGAGUGGUGGCUCGUGGUUCUGAAAGAGCAGGACCGAGCGAGCUGCAUGACGGCAGAGCAGAUGCCCAAGGCAGGGUUGGUUGGAUUUUUUUGGCAUAGAGGGAACAGUUUGCUCAAGCUCCCCACCAGUGACACCCAUCUCACCAUCCCCAACCAUCUCUCAGCCACAGCGGAGCUUGGGAAAGGCAGGAGAGACUGAAAUGGCAGCGGGGGAUGCCUGCCUGGGAAGGACGGGAGGCACAGGAGAACCAGAGGGCAGUUCAGGAAGAGGCAGCAAUGGAGCCUUCCAUGAAGAUGCAUUUGGCCCAGAGGCUAAAGGUCCACAUUUCUGGCCAGGAAUCUGCCAAUGGCACAAAUCCUGAUCUGGAAACAGGUGCUGUCCCCAGUAGUUUCUACUGCUUAAUCCAUUGGUUCUUACGAAGGCUCCAACCACCGUGGCCUCAUCUGCCCCUUCAGCAGCAGGGAGCAGUCUCAGGGCUACAAGCAACUGGUAGGGACUGUGAGAGCACCACCACUGGGCAAAAUGUAGCUGAAGGCUUUAGGACCAUCCAUGGAAGGGGGAACUGAGUGGCCAAAUGUCA